AUGUUAGUUAAUUCAAAGUUAUUUAAAUCAAGAUUAUUCAGGGCCUUUGUAGGGAGUAAUGUUGUUGCAUUGGGGUCUGGUACUCCGUAUUUGUAUUCAUACUACGCUCCACAACUUCUAGAAAGGUGUAAUUUACCAAUUUCAAAAUCUAGUCAACUGGCUUUAUCACUGAAUAUUGGUAGCUCUCUUUUAGGUUUAUUUGCAGGAAUUAUUGUUGACAAAAAUCCAAGAUUGGCUUGCUUGACUGGUUCAAUGUUCACGUUUUUGGGUUACUUCUUUAUAGAUUAUUGCUAUACUUACCAAAUAUCAAAUAUCCUUCUACUAUCUAUUGCAUUAACCUUUAUUGGAUUUGGUUCUGUUUGUGGAUAUUUUGCAGCUGUCAAAUGUUGUACAACCAAUUUCCCAAAAUACAGAGGUACUGCUGGCGCUUUCCCUGUAUCUUUAUAUGCAUUAUCAGGAACAUUUUUUGCAUUUCUAUGCUCAAAAUUUUUUGGUUCGAAUAUGGAUAACGUUUUUAAGUUUUUGGUAAUUAUAUGUCCAUUGAUGUCAUUUGUUGGAUUCCUUACACUUACUUUAGUUCCAAUGCCUUCUAAUUUUCCCAAAACAAUUCCAAAUAAUAUCACAGAAGAUUCGAUCUUCCAACCUCAACCAUCGUCUUAUGAAUUAAAUAGUAUUCCAGGAACCCCUGUGUUAAACCCUACUAACAGCACACUAGAUGAUUCAAUUGACAAUUAUGCUAAUCCAAGCACACCACUUCAUUUAAAAUCUAAUAACAUCAGUGCAAUAUCGACCCCAAGAUUAAUUAUGCCCAAUGAUGACUUUAAAGCAAAAAGUUUGGAUGGUCCCUAUGGUAAUUAUAUCGAAUCAGAAGAAUCGAAAGUAUCUGGUUCAGCAAAUGUUUUAAAGACUAUAAGAAAACCAAGGUUUCUCUACCAUUUUGUAAUUCUAGCUACUUUGCAAGGGAUUGGUCAAAUGUACAUUUAUUCUGUGGGAUUUAUAGUGAAAAACAACCUUACAGAUGAUGCUUUGUCAUCUGGAAAUUACAAUCCUGAUAAAAUUCAAUCAUUGCAAGUUUCAAUAUUGUCAUUAAUGUCAUUCACAGGCAGAUUGCUUUCAGGCCCAAUAUCCGAUUUCUUAGUUAGGAGAAUAAAAUCCCAGCGAUUAUGGAAUAUAGUUCUAUCAUCAUUCAUUAUGGCAGUUGCUGCAAUGAAGUUGAUAUCACACAAACCAAAAUCAUUUGGCGAAAUGGACAGUUAUUCUGAGGAAAUUCAAAGUAGUAUUUCGAAUAUUUCAUUUUGCUCAGUGCUUUUUGGUUUCUCAUUUGGUGUAAUGUUUGGAGCGUUCCCAUCUAUUAUUGCAGAAGCAUUUGGAUCUGAAGGUUUCAGUACAAUCUGGGGUGUAAGUACCUCAGGUGGUAUCUUUACUGUUAAAAUAUUUAGUUCUUUACUUGCAGAUGAGUUGGCAAAGAAUACAGGAAUCGAUGAACAAACUUGUACUAAAGGCUCAGAUUGUUAUAGCCACACAUUCACUAUAGUAGAAAGAUCAUCAUUAUUUGUCGGUAUUCUAAGUCUUCUAUUAAUUUAUUCAGGGUAUCGAAAAUUAAAAAGAUCGACUAGAGGGUGA